AUGCCCCGCCAGCAUCUCAGCCCUACUAUCGUCCCACGGUCCCCCUAUUCUCCUCCGCUCAAGACCUGGUCGUCCUCGGGCUGGGGCCGUGGGCUUGCACUCCUCCACCAUCCCGCCCGCGCGUCCCCAGCCUCGACGCGGACGACAGAUUACCCCUCGAGCGAGAGCACGCUAUGCGCAUCACAGCGGCAACUCAGCGAGCUAUUGGAAGUGGAGGUCUCGCUGAAGACGAUUGACCCGCCCAAGAUCCCCGCGCUCGCGUCCCCCAUAGAGCUGGACCUGGCAGGUCUGCGCAGCAGCCGCGCUCGCAUCUGUGACUAUUCCCCCUUGUUGCAUGCCUACUUCGCCAGUCAUUCACCGGUACCUGCUUUGAUGCUCACUUCAAGCCCCGUUUCGCUCCAUUUGUCUGAUAUUCCCGACAUGGCCCCGACAGAGUCCCUGAGCGCGCUCCAGCGUCUGUCGCGUUCUAGCACGAACCACGAUCACGAGCGUACGGAACGCAGCUUCAACCACAGCGCGCCGGCAGCUGGUCGCUCUGCCCGCGAGCCAGCGGACGGCCCGCUCAUCUUCCCUCCCAGCCGAUACUCGAGUCGUCUUCGCAAGCUCGCGCCGCCGCCGCUCAGGCUUUCCUCCGCCCAGCAUCCCGCUAUCCAGCGGCGAUGUUCCUUCGUGCGCGACAACGAAGCACUGUCCGCGCCGCUCGUUGACGUCCCGCUCGUGUCUGCCGCUCGUCCCCCACCGGCUCAGGCUCCGAGCGGCGUGCACCGUCACCCAGUGACUGCAAUCGACUUCCCCGAAGACCUGAGCACGUCCUUCUCAAGCUUCGAUAUUCUGCAGUGGCGCAGACGCAUUUCUCGCCUCUUUGACUCUCCUCUCGCCCCCUUCACACCUGAGCAAGCUCGCAGCAACUCUCCUUUCGGGUCUCCUAACACGCAGUUCGGCGCCCGUGUGUCUUCCGUAUCAGUCGCAGCAGCGGAGUCAAGCCCUCAAACAUCGUCCUCGUUGGCAGAGUCGCACUACACGCGCUUCGACGAGCCUCCCGCGGAGCCGAUGUCGAAUGACACGUCAGUCGCGCACACCCCUGCGCCUCCCGGCCGUACUCGCCUCGUCUCGCUGCCUCCGAUACCGUAUGCAUGCUCUUCGGGAGAGGGCGAGGCCCUUCUGUCGCCUCUCAUACCCGACCUCCGUACCGCGCUCGCUGUCCCGAGUUUGCUCCUGCGAGCGGAGCGAUGCGCCGAGGCCGUCGGUGACGCUGCCAUGUGUCUAUGCUCAUGCAGUCUACUGAAGGAACCGGAGGCCAUCUUCGAUCUCUGCAAAUCCCUCCAGCAGACGUUCCAUGCGGUCCAACAAGAACUAGACGACACGCCCGAUGUCAGAAGCGCCGAAGAAACGGCGGAGAUGCAGGCGUGGUUCCAAAAGCACUGGCAACUCAUUUCGUCUCUGGAGCGGAACCUCAACAUCUUCUACCUCUUCGCAGACGAGCUCCGCGCGCGUCCCCCGCGCAUCCACCGACUCGCGGGACACCUCGACAAGCUGCACGCCUUCCGCACGAAGUUCGCGGACGUCGCUCGACGGCUGGCAGUCUCGCACCAGAAGCUGCACCUCGUCGGCCUCCGAUCACAGUUCGUGAAGGAGCACCGCGCUGCGCGUGCACAGGCCGAGUCCGAGCGCAAGAGGCGGGGUGAGUUCCGCACGACGUGGACGGAAAGUCGCGCCCGACGAGAAUUAUUGCAGGACGAGAUCCGGCACUCGAGAGCGCGUGCGCAGCAUAUACGCCAUGCGUGGAUGGCCGACCAUGGCUUGUGA